AUGUCGGCACCCGAGAUCACGACCGUCCAUGAUCGAACAUCUGGCGAUGGGAAAGAUGACAAGCAAACCCAGGCUGUCGAUGUUGGAGAUGUCGAGUCGGUCAUUGAGAAGGGCACAGCGCCCGCCCUCUACAGCAAAGUAUCUGUCUACCUAAUGAUGCUGUUCUCCGGUCUUGCAUUGGGAUCCGAUGGUUACAACGCCGCUGUUAUGAGCAAUCUUAACCUUCUGUUGACGGUCAUCUACCCCGAUACACUGUCAUCAGACAUGAAGGCACGACUCUCGAACGCUUUCCUGAUCGGAAUGAUAGUGGGCAUGGUCGGGUUCGGUGUCGUAGUGGACCAACUCGGCCGCAAGACUGGUGCCGUUUUGACAACACUCAUCCUCCUUCUUGGUAUUGCGUUGAGCACUGGCGCUAGUGGAACAUCUCCACUUGGUCUCUUCUGGAUGCUUGUUGUUGCUCGCGGCAUUGCCGGCGUGGGCGCUGGAGGAGAAUACCCCGUAGCUGGCGCUGGUGCUUUGGAAGCCUCCGAUGAGGCGGGCCACUUCCGAAAGCGACGAGGAUUCCUGUUUGCUAUGAUUGGCGAUCUUGCAGCCGGUCUAGGAUACUGCUUUGGUGCGUUGGUACCUCUGCUACUGCUUCUAUGUGUCAACAAAGAAGUUGGCAAGUACCACAUCGUUUGGAGGACUGCUCUCGCACUUGGUGCUAUUCCCCCUCUCUCUAUCUUCUAUUUCCGCAUGCGCAUGAAGGUCUCAACUGCUUACCGCAAAUCCGCGCUUCGAAAACAGAGGACGCCUUACGUACUGAUCGCGAAGAAGUACUAUCGACGACUUUUCGGUGCCGCUCUUGGUUGGUUCUUGUACAACUGGAUCUCCAUUCCGUUCGGCAUUUUCGGAUCCACUAUCGUUUCGCGCAUGAACCCCAACAACUCGCUCGUCCAAAACCUGGGCUGGGGAGUUGUCAUUAACGCGUUUUAUCUGCCUGGGCCGUUCGUUGGUGGUUAUCUAUCGGACAGGAUUGGCCGCAGGAAGACGCAAUGUCUUGGCUACACUCUCCAGGCAAUCUUGGGUUUCAUCCUUGGUGGCGCCGGUCAGCAGAUUCAAACCGUGUUUCCACUUUUCAUCGUCUUGUACGGCAUCUUCCUCACCCUCGGCGAGGUCGGUCCCGGAAGUACUGUGGUAAUUACGGCUACCGAACCUUUCCCCACCUCUGUGCGUGGUCACACUAUGGGCUUUAUUUCAGCUUGCUCUAAGGCUGGAGCCGCCAUUGGUACUGAGGUAAGCGGCUUCGCUAUGGGGAAGGUCAUGCAGAACACUUACACCGAACAGGUCUUUACUGCUAUCAUGGCUUCAUAUACCGAUCCCAAUAAGUCGAACCAGGUCGCCUUCUUAGUCGGAUCAGCUUUCGCUGUUCUGGGUGCGUUGAACGCUUGGUUCGUCAUUCAAGACGGCUCGAAAGUACUCGACAAUGAGGACGAGAUCUGGAAAGACUAUCUGAUUGCUAACGGAUGGGAUGCCAAUUGGGGUGACCAGGAAACUGAGGACCCCAAGCAUACCCGGAACCAAGCGCUUCUGCCCACCUCGUAA